CGGAACUGAAAACAAAGUCGAUUGUUUUCUAAACGAGCCCGUUAAGUGAGGGGACCGUAGAGUCCAAGACCAGCCAAAAUGCUUUGCAAUACAUAAUCUCUCGGUUUUACGUCAAACUUGGUCAUCUUCCCCUCAAUUUGCAUAGUUUUCGAUCUCGAGAUGGAACAAAAUACACAUACUAAAGACGGUGUGGAUCGAUCCAACCUGGUUUCCGAGGACGGGAAGAACAGCAAGUCUGUUCUAUGCCAGCGAUGUGGAUCCAAGGUGCUGUCCCCAGGAAUGGCAGUAUUGGCAGAGAAAGAGCUUAUCCUACCAUCCAUGCGUAAAAAGAGCAGCCUCAGUGGUGCAGAGGGCUCCGUGGACAGGGACACACUGACUGCCCACUGGUUAGUGGGGGAUAUGUUCGAUUUUGAGAACGUCGGCUUCACUAAUGAUGUCGGGAGAAUCAAGUAUCUCAUCUGCGCAGACUGUGAGAUCGGACCCAUCGGCUGGCACUCUUUGGAUGAUAAGAUAGGCUAUUAUGUUGCAUUAGACAGAGUGAAUCAUGCCUAGUUUUGAAGCAUCAUGAAACAAAUGCAUACAAUAAAUACAAAUAAAUAAAUACAGUUUAUGUGCUAGCUGGCUUUACUGUCAGCGCUGACACUUAACAGCACACACUCGAUUCAUACUGUACAUGUCACUACUGUUUUCUUUUCUCACUAAGAACAUUGUAUCAUUGACCAUUGUGCUCUAAUAAAAAUAUUCAACUUUC